UGUCACGGGAUAUUCAUGGUUUUAUUUUAUACCAUUCAGUAAGAGGACGAUAUACUUCUGACUACAUUCAGUCUCGAUUCACUCGCUCAAGUUAUACAACACAUAAGGAAAUGAUGUUUAAGAAACUUAUCUUUUUCUGCCUGGUGGUAGCGAUUGUUCGCAGCGAUACAACGGAAGAAGUCUCCAGCUCUAUAGAAACACCUCCCACAACAUCCAGCAUUGAUAAUCCAACUUUAGAAGAACUAAAGAAACAUGGAGCAAACCCCAAGAAUAAAGGAGUUUCUCUUCGUUCCUCGGACUCGCUGUUCGGACUCGGGAUCGGUGCAAAUCUGCCGAUCUAUUUCGGUACUUCACUCUACACGACGAAAAAGAAAAAACAUUAUGUUAAUAAUGUUUUAAACUUUCUGUUCGAAGUUCCUUAUAUUUUUUAAAAUAAAUAUUAUUUUUAAGUAGCUACAA